UACCUAUAUAUAUUUAUAUUACAUUAAAAAUUAAUUAUACAUUCAAAAUAUAACACCAAUUCCUAUUUAUGAAUUAUCAAGCAACUAUUCAAAUUCAAAAUUUUAUUAUUCAAAUCAAAACCCAAAAUAAAAACUCCAAACAAACAUACCCAAAUUUUUGGUGAAAGAGCUAAAUGGUGAUUGCUAAACUUUAAGACAUCACUAGUUAAAGGAGACAUUAGUUAAUGAACCAUUACCUGGUUUCGGGAUAUCAACUACACUGUUUAUUCCCCUUAGUUAUAUCAAGAAUUAUCUAAGAUAUUCAUUAUGAUUCAUUUUCAUUUCUAUUUCUAACUCCUAUACUUAUUGUUCCCUUUAAGCAACAUACUUGCAUAUAAAAGGUGAAACUAAGAAAUAAAUCCACAUUUAGGUUCUUUUGAAAAUUGAGUACUAUUUACAUUUUAAUAGUAUUUUUAUUAAUUAAAACAAUUAUUGCAACAAAUCAAACCAACUAUUGAAAAUUACAAUAAAAGAUGAGGAUUUAUUCCUAAUUAAAUAACGAUAAAAACAAUUAUGUAAUGUUUAAGUUUGGAAAGGUCCUAAAUCGUACAAUUCAUUGAACUACUACUUAUACACUCACAAUUAGAAUCUAUCCAAUUCUAACUCUGAUGAUCAAGUCUUUGACAAUGGUUGCACUUGUUUUCUAAUGGUUAUUCCAUUUAGUCCAGUAGUUAACCUCUCCAAAAAUUUAUCUUGUGUUUCCAUGAAUGGAAUUUCUUUGAAAAUCUUUUCAUUUGGCCAUUCAUGAGGCUAAGUUCCCAGGUCAGCCAAGCAUUAGGUGUUAUUUAACAUGAAAGGUUUCUUCUUGCAAACCAACUGCGAAGUGUAAACAUGAAAGGUCUGCCAAGCACGAGGUUCUUUCGAAAGGGAUUUAUAUAUAGGGUUUCAGCUAACUGCAACCGAUUAUGUUUCAAGUGUAUGUUUUGAUUUAAGAUGCAACUAUACAUAUUUUCAAAAUGCCGUAAAAAUGAAUAAUGGUUUGUACAUCAGCAAGUAGGGCAGAACUCAUUGUAUAAAAUGUAUCUAUGUGAGGAAAUACUCCAACUGUUUGUCACAAGUCCAAAUUGAUUGAUCUAGGAUUGCAGAAGAUUGUCCACUAGUGUUCCUGUGUGUAGGACAACACAAAAAGUAACAAAAAAUUAACUAAGAAGAAAAGCUGCUAAGCGCGGAGCUGCAAACAUGGAAGACUUUUUGGCAUAGUUUUAAGGCUCUUUAUUUUGAAUAUUCCAACCUAUGGAACUAAAUCAAUCUGACUAGAUUGUUUCUUAUCGUCUAGCUAUGGUAGAGAUGUUGGAUUUGUGCUUCCUAAAUCUUUGUAACUAAAUCUUAGGCAAAUCUCCUUGCUCUCCACCCCCACAAAAUAUUAAAAAUAAGAAUAAAACCUAGAUUCAAAACCACAAGUGAAAUGUAGUGGGCACCAAAUGAGAAGCUCAAUUCUCUGGCAAAGAUGCCAACAGAAUAAAUGUGGAAUCUAACCAAUUCUCUUAAUCAGUAUGAAAUAUUUGUUCUGAUGUCUGAUUGACUAGUAGACACUCACUACAAGCGAACUCCUAGUUGAACUUUGGAAUUGAGGUUUAGCACACUGUCGAACAAAGGUUUAAGAUUGAGCUAGCUUAGGGGUGACUUUGUGGAAAAUGGGUGAAAGCUAUUUUAUGCUACAUAUUGUUGACCAAAGGGAAGAAUUCACAAUUAAGUUUUACAUGUGAUUAAAUUGACUGCAAAAAAUGUUACAAUAGAGGGUGAAAAUAUACUGAAAAAUGAUGGUCAAGUUAUGGGCUUAAGGCUAUCAACUUCUCUAUGUAGUCCAGAUAGCCACCAUCCCUCUUUGUCAUCCUCUUUUGUAAUGCGGCGUCAUCUCAUGCAAUGAAAAUACUGAAUCAAAUUUUUUGAUAUGAAAGAAACAAUUAACAACUAAGGAAACAAUACACUCAACUACAAGGAUUAAUCCAAACUUAUCCGUAUGAAAUCGUAGCACGCUGCCUUUUCCAAGCCAGAAAGUUGAGACAACACCUUGCAAGUAUGCAAUAUUGUUAAGUUAGAAAAUUGGUGAGACCGGGUUGAGUCCUUUUCAAAUCUAGAUAAUGCUUAAACCAAAGAGUGUUUAAUUUCUUUUUUUGAUUCCGAUUAUACCACUGUUAAGAUGUGCUUAGUCUAUCUCACAUCUUAAGAUUUUCUUGCUCCCUUAAAUGUACUAGAUGCUCUUUUGGUGAUCUAGAUUCUCUAAUCAACUUUCCACUUAGGUAAUGCAUCAUAUUUAGGUUAAAUUUCAAACCACACCAAGAUCCAAUGCCUUGAUAUUUAACUCAAAAUGAUUAAAUGUUCACUAAUGUUGGUUCUAGUUAUUUGAAUGUAUUCUAAUUUUACUUUUUUGUUGUAAUGGGGCGAAUGUAUAUGGGAGUAGGGUCACAAGACCCACUUGAUUUAAAAAAUAUAGAAAAAAAUUUACAAAUUUUAUGUAUUAAAAAAAUAAAUAAAUUAACAAUGAUGUAAUUAACGUGUUCAAUGUAUAAAAACACGCAAGGGGAAAUUGUGAUUUUAAGCUUUGUAUUACAAUUGAGCUUUAUUAAAUUUGAGACCCCACUUAAGGGUUUUUCUCUUUUGUUCAAUUUUUACAAUGCAAUCUCACAAUGUUCAUCCAAAAACAUCACUAAAACCCAUUUUUUUAUACAAAAUAUUACAUUCAAUAACUAUUUCACUUAAAAAAUACUAAAAAUUCAAACCCAAACACACAAAAACACACACACACCAAACUAUCACCGUAAUCUUCCAUUACAUGUACCUUGUACACAUUAUAUGCAAUUUUGAUUUCUUUUUGCAAUAUAAUUCUUGUAAUUACCAAAAGUUGAAAAUAAUAUUAUAAUUGAUUUUAAUAAUAUUUAUUACGGUAAUAAAAGUAAUAAUUAUAAAAAUAUAAUAAUAUGUAAGAAAAUGAAUAAUAACAAUAAUAUUAUAUUAUUACUAUAUGAUUAUUACAAUAAUAAAUAAUAUUGUAAUAUGUAAUAUAACACUAUUAUUGUUAUAUAACAUUGUAAUAUAGGGUGUGUUUAUUUUGUAAAAUAGUUUGAAGAGAUAUUUUUUAUGUAAGGUAUAGAAAAUUGUACAGAUAAUAUAAAAAUAAUGAAUGUGUGUAAUAUAUUAAUUUUUUUGGAAAAACGUUUGUGUUAUUUUUGGUACUCUAUCCGUGCUAUACCAAUAUACUCAUUCCGUCAUAGAAAAUAGGUUCAUUUAUUUUUGGUACAAAUUUUAGUAAAUGUGGACCCUACGCAAACAAAAAAAUAUCCAAACUUUUCAUGCAAAUUUACUACGAUGUCCCUUUUUAUUUUAAUAUAUAAGUGUAGGCCUUUGUACUUGUAAGGACAUUUUUGUCCAUACACUUUAUCACACCCUACUUAAACUAUUAAUAUUGUUUAAUCUACAAGUAAAAUUUAAAUGAAUACAUUAUAUAAGACAAGAGGGAGUAUAGUUUAUUAAGAUACAACACAACUCACACAUGUCAUCUACUUGAGAUGUGUUGGUGUGAAUGGUGUAUUCUUAUUGAAUAGUGAGAAGUAUUUGAUUAACAUAUUUAAUGUAUCAAAUAUUAUACAAUGAUUGAAUUAUGUGACUGGAAAUGAAAGUGAUAGAUUAGGGUACAUGAUUAUGUGUGUAUAGAAACUAAAUUUAGGGGAUAAAGAUUGAACACAUCUUUAAUUUAUUAAAUUGACAUAUUUAUAGUAUACUUAUGUGUAUUAUCUCUUUUGAGAAAUUAUGCUUAGAACUUUGGUAGAUUAGAUGCUUUGAAAAGGGAUGCAAACAACAUCUAUACAAAGCAUGUGUUCAUUUAAACCUUAUCUAAUCACAAAUAAUCCCACAUAAAUUUUGUUUCCAUUCAUUUUUAUGUCUAAAAUGAUUGUUUUCAUCAUGCCUUUUGGAGGGUGAUUAUUUGUGAUCGCAAAGGCUCUCACAGGUGACCCGAGAAAAUAAAUUAAUAAAAGUAAAAGAUACAUAAGAAAAAAAAUUUUAAAAAAUCAAAACCAAAAUGACAUAUACACUCUAUUUCCGAUUUGUAGUUUAGUAGCUCAAUUUUGCGAUAUUUUCAAAAGUAGAAAAUAAAUUACUUAUUGUGAUAAUACGCGGUACUCAAUUACAUGCAUUUCAAAGCGAAUGAAUAACAUUAUGGUAAGAAUAAUAAUUAAAAACUAUUUAUUUUGGCAACAAAACUUUUUCUUUUUUCUUUUCUUUCUCUAGUCCUCUACCUAAUCUUAUCCCAGCCCAUGAAUCCAACCGUUUAAUCGCCAUGACAAAUUGACGGUCACGAUGAUUUUCCAAUGCAUUUAAUGCGCUAAAAAUUUCUUAAUAAAUAUGAACUUUACUGAGGCUGAGACAGAGAAUGCAGCAUUCCUUUCUGAGCCAUCAUUUUCUCUCGAGUUCUCUAAUGGAGCCUUCAACACAGUGGAAACUUUAUAAUACUUCCUUUUCCCUACCAGCAUCCUCAGCCUUCAACAACCAUGCAUAUCGAGCACCAAACGAUGGUUUUUACACCAGCAAUAGCUCAUCUCUUAACCAAGAUUUCUCUGAUCUUGGUAAUCUGGCUUUUAAUCCUUCUAUCGGUGGACCAUCUAUUCCUUUUGAUCUCAAUGACCAAAAUGGAAUAACUAGCACAGUCAUGCAGCAGACCUUGCGAGGCAAGGGAAUUCUAGUCAAUGGUGUGGACAUGCAACGUCUCCAAGGUGAUGGAUCCUCGAUUUUUCCAAAUUGGAAUGAUUCAUUGAAUAGAAUUCAGAUGGCAUCGAAUUACAAUACUUUUAUGCCUUCUGGAUUUGUUAACACCGGCAAUAGUUCUUUUGCGACCGCUGAUGGUUUCGGCCUUAUAAGGGGCCAUGGCACAGAAAUAAGUAGAAGUUUUGUUAACGAAGGUGAUGGGGUAUUUAUGUCUCAAGUACCAUCUGAAGGCUCAAUUAAGCCCAAAUCUGUCAAAGGAAUGUGGACCUUCGAUGAGGACAGACUUUUGAUUCAUCUGGUGGACAUAUAUGGUUUGAAGAGGUGGACGAUGGUCGCACAAAUUAUGAAGGGGAGGACUGGAAAACAGUGCCGAGAGAGAUGGAAGAAUCACCUGCGCCCGGAUAUAAAAAGAGAUCUAUGGACUGAAGAAGAAGAUAAAAUAAUAAUCGCGGCUCAUGCAGAACUUGGGAACAAAUGGGCAGAAAUUGCGAAAAGACUUCCCGGGAGGACUGAAAAUUCCAUUAAGAAUCACUGGAAUGCAACAAAGAGGAGAAAAUUUGCAGAUAAAAAGCGGACUAGGUAUCCAACCUCUAAUUCUAUUUUGCUCGACUAUAUCAGGAGAUUCGACGCCAACAAUGGAAGCAAACUGUUAACCACUAAUAGCAGCAACAACAAUACUGUCAUCAACAACAACGAUAACAGCGCCAACAACCGCGACAAUUUCAUUGAUCAAUCAAGCCUUGUGAAUGCUGCUCUGGAGAUUCUGAAUGCUGGGAAGCCGGAAGUCGAUUUCAGGCCAGUUUGCGAUGAUUCUGCGCUGCAGUUUGGGGUUGGUCAGCUCCCGGGGCUGAACUUUGAUUACUCUCAGGUCAACAACUUGAAUGGUCUUCUCGGUAGUGUGGUCGAGCAUCCUCCUGUUGCUGCUCCUUUGGAAGGUAUCAACGGGCUGAGUGUUGCAAACGAGGUUCCUUUUCCUCUGCCACAAAUGCAGCCUCGAUUCGAUAAUGCUGGGCUUGGUUCUUUCUGGGGUUGAAGACUUUCUUGUUGCGGGUAUGAUUGGGAAGAAGUGACGGUGUUCUUGGUUUGUCGAACUUAAUCGGUUUAUUUACCUUUUCUCUCUUAUGAGUGGUUGUUUUAUGUUAUUGCAAGUUUAUUGUGAUGUUAAAGACAAGUGUGUUUGUUUGUUUGCUUGCUUUUAAUUAUGUGUUUGAAUUGAAAGACAUUUUGGUUUUGUUUUAUGAUGAGUAAGUUUAAUGUUGCUUGUUGUUU